UUGUUUCAAACUAAGAUCAAACAUCGCCCACAAAGCACCUUAUCCACCACAAAAUUCUGGACAAAGGAAAAACACCAAACAUCCACCCAAAACCCCAUCACAAUUCUAAUCUAUCAGCAAUUCACAAAUGACAAUGGCAUCCCAUCAAUUCCUCUGCAAUUCUCCUCGCCCACACCUCUUCCUCCACUCUCCAACCCGGCCCAACCCAACUCAACCCCAUCUCUCCUUCAUCCCCAAAGCCACCUCUGACCCAGACCCUCAGCCGGAAUCCGACCCACAACCUUCCGAUGAUUUUGACUCCCGGAUCUCCCAAAUGCGACUCAAGUACCGUUCCGGAACCGGUAAAAAAGCCGAAAUUCGAAAGACAAAGAAGGGAAACCAAAGGGCCGAAUCCGAGUCCACCGGAAACGGGGUUUUCCUACCCCCGGUUCCGUUAAAAGAACCGAUUUCAGGCGGUUUGAAGGUGGAAUUUGGGUUCAGCCCGUUUACUGAGCGGGUUAAUGGGCGGCUCGCUGGGCUAGGAUUGGCAGCCUUAUUGUUGGUGGAAUUGGCAACGGGGAAGAGUGUGAUAAAGUAUCAUAAACCAGAAAUAGUGUUUGUUCAGAUUUAUUUUAUGGCUGCUGUAACUGCCUUGUAUUUGAAGUUUGAGAAAGAAAAGAUCAGUGUUUGGCCUCAAAAUGAUGCUAAACAAUGAUUGAUUAAUUGAUUAUUUUUUGUUGUAAAUUGAUAAAAUUAAAGUGUUAUAGUUAUGAUAUAAAACAAUGUUUAAAUAAAGUUUUUGCUUUUA